AGUACAUGCUGGGAACGCUGUCUGCCAUCGAUGCGCCGUAAAUGUCGUUUUUACAACUGCUCCGUUAUACCCACCCACCUACCUUCCACCACCCUCCUAUCUCUGUGACCAGCAGCCCCCGCCCAGCCCUCUGCCACCCCGUCAGCCCUGCACAGCCACCGGCCACGUCUCAAAACUGCGCUUUGUGCACGGCCACUACAAGAAAGUUGACCGAGCAGCUAGUGACCGAGGGCGGCGGAGGAGAGGAGAGCUCAGAGGACUGUGCACAGGCUCCGUUGUCAGACAGCGCGACCGACAACAACAUUAAGCAAAAGAGACACAGCUCAACACAGGACCAAAGAGAGAAGGAUUCACACGAAGCACGACUGACUGACAACAGGUGACAGCCAUGAUGCCACGCUACAGAGUGAACUGCAGCACCAUGACAUUCCUGGUGAUCCUACAGGGAGCAGCAGUAGUGCUGUUCUGCAGCUGGUAUGUCCAACUCAGCCCCUGUGACCCACCCCCAUCCAAUGCCAAAGUCCACGUUCUGCUGCUGUCAUCGUGGAGAUCAGGUUCAUCCCUCAUGGGCCAGGUGUUCAGUCAGCACCCGUCUGUCUUCUACCUUAUGGAGCCCGGUUGGCAUGUGUGGACCAAGCUGCAGAAAAAUGGUGCACAGGCGCUUCGAAUGGCAGUGAGGGAUCUCUUACGGAGCCUGUUCCAGUGUGACUUUUCAGUGAUGGAGUCCUACCUUCCAGAGAACCACAAUGUGUCGUCCUUGUUUAUGUGGAGUCACAGUCGAGCUCUGUGCUCGCCUCCAGUCUGUCCUCUCACGCCACGUGAUCAGUUCAGCAACCAGACUUUGUGCCUAGAGAAAUGUGGUGCUGAGGGACUGCAGAGUGUAGAGCAGGCGUGUAACUCUUACUCUCAUGUGGUGUACAAAGAUGUGCGGCUCUUUGAACUGGAAUCACUUUAUCCACUUUUGCAGGACCCAAACUUAGAUCUCCGCAUCAUCCACUUGGUCCGAGACCCACGGGCAGUGGUGCGGUCUAGGGAAGAGUCAGCCAGGGCCUUUGUCAGUGAUAACGCUAUCGUCUUGGAACAGAAACGCAUCAAGGAAGCAGAGGUACAGUAUCAGGUCAUGCAGGAGAUCUGUCGCAGCCAUGUGCGUAUCAACGAGAGGGCGGUCGUGAAGCCACCUCCAUUUCUAAAAGGCCGUUACAAAUUGGUUCGCUAUGAGGACAUGGCACGCAACCCACUCCAGGAGAUCAAUGCCAUGUAUCAGUUUGUAGGUCUGGAGAUGACCACGCAACUGGCCACAUGGAUCUACCAGGUGACCCAUGGAAAAGGCAAAGGCUCUGUUAAAGAGGCCUUCAAGAUCACCUCAAGGAGUGCUACCAAUGUCUCCCAGGCUUGGCGCACCAUGCUGCCACACAACAAGGUCAAACGAAUCCAAGAAGUGUGUAAAGGGGCAAUGUCAUUGCUCGGGUACAGGACGGUGAACACCGAAAAGGAACAGAAGAGGCUCGACAUAGAUCUCCUGGUGCCACGGGAACCCUAUCAGUUCAGUUGGUUGCCUGAUAAAACACAGCAUCCUAACAACAGUUAGAACUGGAAUGACAAAGAUUUGUUAAAACAGGAAUAAAAACAGACUUUUUCACAGAUGGACUACUCAAACGACUGGAUGAGGGUAACACCCUGCCCUGGUCCCCCUGGUUUGAGGACCAAAGCCAAUAAUACCAAAACUAAAAGCAUAAAGAAGGCCAAAAGUAAGAAAUCAAACUAAUCAAGACUAGGUUUGCUGUGGCUGUCAGUUGCUGUCAGGGGAAUGACUGCUGUAGACAGUGUUGCCAACUCCUCAGUAAGGAAAAUCGCUAUUGGCUGUCCUAAAAGUCGCUAGAAGUCGCUAAAUGACGUCAUCACCUAA